CUGACAUUGACAAAAUAGUAUUGACAAUUUGUUUUCCAGUCAGGGGGUAAGAUUAGUGAUCGUCGUUUAACAAUUUAUAACGUUAUUAUUCCCGUUUAUCACACGAAAUGUCAAUUCAAGAUAAAAUCUCGGCCCUUAUGGCCCGUCCCGGGCAGGAUCCUGUUGCUAAAGACGACGUACCAUGGUGGUUGAAAUUCUCAGGCCGAGCCGCUGGCACAGUGGGAGGCUUCCUUGCAAUGGCCCUGGGAGUUUCGGUCUGCAUAAGUUUCUCUGCGGUUAACAUAAUCGGUGGAAUAUGGCAAAUUUUAGCCGGAUUUGUCCUAAUUUGCUGCGAAGCCCCUUGUUGUUGUUUGUUCAUCGAUCACGUACAGAGAUUAGCGGAUUUCAUUGACUCGAGACCCUACUGGAACAGGGCAGCUGUUUACGUUCUGAUGUCGCUACCUCCACUGAUAUUUGCGUUUGGGAUUUCUUCGUUUUUCGGUUCCGGUUUCAUCUUUCUAACUGGAGCUCUAUACGGAAUGAUGGCGCUUGGAAAAAAGGCGAGUGCCGAGGAGAUGCGUCAGGCGGCGAACGCUGAGAAUAAUCCGGUACAGGCCGGUGGUAUGCGUUCGAAUCUUGUCGCUCACGCUCAGCCGAUCAGUUUUAGCGGCGCCCCCGUUUUCGAUAGUAACGUUUGAUAAAUCCUCAUCUCUCUCCCUUUGUCCCUAAUCGUUGUAAGAUACUUUCAUUCGUUUCGAUAACUUGUCGGGAUCACUGUAAGCAAAACGCGUUUAGAAGUCAAAUAUCAGGUGUAUAACGUAGGUGGAUUAAACGUGAAAUAUUUUAAAUAUAUUGUCGUUUAAUUAUCAGGAACGAUCUGUUGUAAACGUUGAUUGUUUUAUAUAGUUUAGUAUUGAAUUUUCCAUUUACAAGAGAGUUAUGUGUGUUGUAAUUUAGGCGGGUUUGCUGAUUGUACAUGCGAAUUAUGUAACGCACAUUAAGCUUCCAACAACGUUUUUUUUUUUAUUAUUUGACUUCUAAUAAUGUUAAUAUAAAUAUUCGACCAUAUUCAUUAUCAUAUCAUUGGUGACCUGAUAAUGUUUUAUAUUAAAAAUUAUUACCGUACCAUUAUUUGGGUGCUAGUAAUGUAUAUCAGAUUCUUAAUGAUAAAACCUUAUCGGGGAUUUACAAUGUUUCCUUAACAUUUUCUUUAUUAUAUUUGUAUUGUGAUAUAAUUUAUUUAUGGAUUGGUUAUUCUCGCCUCGUGUAAUGGCGCCAAAUUGGUUAAUUUACAAAACCGUUAUUUUAGAGUAGUUAAAUAUUGUAUCGAAGACUGUGCAUGCGUAUUUUAAUUGCCAUUGAGUAGACUUAUUUUUUUUGCUC